AUGCCUCCACGAAUGCAAGCCUAUGGGGCUGCCCCAAAUAGUAUGGCAUCUCAUUAUCAACAAUAUCCACCUCAUACACAACCACAUACUGCAGGACUUCCUCCGCCUGGCUCGAUCGGAAAUCAAUUUAUGAGUGCGAACUCCAUGAGCAAUGCAUUCGCAAAUGGAGCUAGUAUGGGUAUACCAGGAGGAUUUUCUGCACCUGGUAUUCCGCUGCAAGGCGGUGGAUUAGCAAGUCAAGCUGCACAAAUGAGCUUCGCUGCAGCACCGUUGCAACAACAAGGGCACAACGGAAUGGCAGAUUCAGGGACGCGGGGUAUACGUGAUAAGGGUAGAAUACGAGAUGUUUGGAAGGGGAAUUUACACGAGGAGAUGGCGAUUCUGCGGCAACUAGUGGACAAAUACCCUUACAUUUCUAUGGACGCGAAAUUUCCUGGAAUCGUUGCUCGGCCUAUGGGAUCAUUUAAUGGCAAAGGAGAUUAUCACUAUCAAUGCUUACGAUGCAACGUAGACUUACUGAAACUUAUACAACUGGGCAUAACAUUAUAUUCGGAGGAUGGAGAAUCAUUACCUGCGACUCCUCCCUCGGACUCGGGACUAGAUCGGAACUCAACAGGACGAAGAAUUGGCAACGGCAUGGGACAGAUACCUUGUACAUGGCAGUUCAACUUUAAAUUCUCGCUAUCGGAUGAUAUGUAUGCAGAAAAGGGCAUUGACGAAAGGAAGAUUGCCGGUACGGAUUUCAACAGAUUAAAGGAAGAAGGCAUCGAUCCAUUCGAGUUUGGUGCGGUAUUGAUUAGUUCCGGACUUGUAUGUGAUGAGGAGAAACGUUGGAUCUCAGGGCACGCCGGCUACGAUUUUGGAUAUCUUACAAAGAUUCUGCUUCAGAGACCCUUACCGGAUGACGAAAGAGAAUUCGAUAUGCUCAUGAAAAAGUUCUUUCCAAGUGUAUAUGAUAUCAAAUAUCUCAUGCAACAAGGAACAAUUAUGAACAAGUUAGGCCAGCUUUCUCAUGUCGACGCCGUCACCGCAGAACUCCUUCAACGCACCGAGCGACAUCCCAACAUUGAAACCAUGAUCGACGUCCUCAAAGUUAAACGUGUAGGUGCUGUCCACCAAGCUGGUUCCGAUUCCCUCGUCAACGGUCGAGUCUUUUUCAAACUCCGCGAACGUCUUUUUGACGGCGAGAUUGGAGAUGAGCAUUUAGGUCGUGUCUUCGGUAUCAAUCUCCAAGAAGCCAAUACAGCUGCUACCCAGCAAACCACCCCACAACAUUACAAUCAAUACCAAGAAAAUACUACUCCGAACCAAAAUGGUUCAGGAUCGUCGUUUGCAAAUGGCGCACCCAGUACUCCGAAUAAUGGAAAUGCCAAUUUAGCAACUACACCUGCGCAUAAUAAUAAUGGAGGAAAUGGUUUAGGCCCGCUAACACCAAGUAAUGGUGGAGGUGCGUUCGGACAUUUUCAAUAUGCAAAUAAGCAGUAA